UGUGCGCAUGCGCAGCCCUCUCCCGCUGCAGCGUGUUCUUCUUUCCCGCCCCUGCGCAGUCCGAGCGGAGAUCCUCAGGCCGUUUUUCUCCAGUCGAGCCCCAGAGCGCCGCCGACCAUGGUGGCCCAACGCAAGGGCCAGGAGCCCGACAAGCUGCUGGACCUGGCGUCCUUCGGCACGGACCUCCUGGUGGGCGGUGUCGCGGCCGCCGUGUCCAAGACGGCCGUGGCGCCCAUCGAGCGCGUGAAGCUGCUGCUGCAGGUGCAGGCGUCAUCCAAGCAGAUCAGCCCCGAGGCGCAGUACAAGGGCAUCGUGGACUGCCUGCUGCGCAUCCCGCGGGAGCAGGGUUUUUUCAGUUAUUGGCGUGGUAAUUUGGCAAAUGUUAUUCGAUAUUUUCCAACACAAGCUCUGAACUUCGCUUUUAAGGACAAAUACAAACAGAUUUUCAUGUCAGGAGUUAACAAAGAUAAACAGUUCUGGAGGUGGUUUUUGGCUAAUCUGGCUUCAGGUGGAGCUGCUGGGGCAACAUCCCUGUGUGUAGUCUAUCCGUUAGAUUUUGCCAGAACUCGGUUAGGAGUGGAUAUUGGAAAAGGUCCUGAAGAACGACAGUUCAGAGGUUUAGGUGACUGCCUUGUCAAGAUCAUGAGGUCCGACGGUCUCGCUGGUUUGUACCGAGGGUUUGGUGUUUCUGUGCAGGGCAUCAUUGUGUAUCGAGCCUCUUAUUUUGGAUGUUACGACACAAUUAAGGGCUUAUUACCAAAUCCAAAGGACAUCCCAUUCCUUGUGUCAUUUUUAAUUGCUCAAGUGGUGACGAGCUGCUCUGGAAUACUGUCUUACCCCUUUGACACAGUCAGGAGACGUAUGAUGAUGCAGAGUGGUGAGGCCGAGCGCCAGUACCAUGGGACCAUAGACUGCUUCUUGAAGAUCUACCGGCAUGAAGGCCCAGGGGCCUUCUUCCGUGGAGCCUUCUCCAAUAUUCUGAGAGGCACCGGUGGUGCCUUGGUGCUGGUCUUGUAUGAUAAAAUCAAAGUAUUGUUAAAUAUUGACAUUGGAGGCAGCUCCUCGGAGUAAUUGGCACUGAGUAUAGAGCUUCCUUGUUUAAUGCACACAUUACGGAGCUGUCAUUUGUACAGUUGUUAGCUUGUUGUUGCAUAUGUCAGUAUUUUCUUCAACUACUAAUUCUGUAAUAAAGCUCUGGCUGUUUUCAAGGAUUUAAAUACUGUCAGUCAGAUAGUUAUGGGCUUCUUCACUCUCGUGAAACAUUUUUGCAUUUUUUCCACUAGUAGUACAUACUGUUUCUAUCAGUAUACAAU